AGUAAAACACCGUAAACGCACAUACACCUCACCCUCCUCAAACAACAUACGUUAUUUUCUUUUUCCUGCUUCUACAAGCACUCCCCUUCCGCCAUUACAGCCCCCCCGUCUCUUCCCAACAACACAACGACAGUGAUCGAUAAAGGAAAAGGCGAGAGAGAGCCACCAUGACGGACACGAACGACAACCACCACAACCAGCACCGCGAGGCCGCGGAGGCGCCGGAGUACCGGAGCGCCGAAAUGGCUCGGGAGGCGGAGAUCAAGAAGGGAAACUACGUUCACCCGGAUGCCGCGGCAAUGUUCUCCACGUGCCCGUGGGUGCGCCGGGUUCCCAUCUUCGGCGAGGCCAUCGAGGCAUAUGGGCCGAAAGCCGUCUUCGCUCUCAGCGGCUGCUACUUCCUGUGCAAGGGCAUCGCGGAUCAGAUUCUCACCAAUCAAACCUUCGCCAUGAUGCGGAGCCGCUACCGCAUCUCAGUGGAGAAGUACCAGCGUCUCUCCCCCAUCUCGACGAUGGGCUGGUCCAUCAAGGCGUUCAGCGCCAUGAUGUGCGACGGCUUCGCCUUCCUCGGCUACACGAAGCGCUGGUACAUGUUCGUGUCGUGCGUGGCCGGUGCCGUGUUCGCGCUUGUGUACGGCCUGCUGCCCGCCAAGGCGAGCUCCGCCGAUACCGCUGCCGCCUUCAUCUUCCUGUCGUGCUACGGUAAGGCGAACGUGGACAUCCUGUCGGAGGGCCACUACAGCCGCCUCAUGCGCGGUAACCCCAAGCCCGGUCCCGCGCUGAUUGGUUGCAUAUGGUGGAUGAUUAUGGUCGGUGCAAUCAUUGCCACGGUGAUGAACGGUCCGCUGGCCGACCUGGGCAAGCCGCAGAUCAGCAUCUUCGUGUCUGCCGCCCUGCAGUUCCUCACAGCCUUCAUCUUCCUGUUCAACUGGUACGGCGAGAAGAAGAACCGCGUGCAGCGCUCCGAGGAUGCGCUGUACAUGCUGGAGGAGACCCGCAAGGAGCGCGAGCGGCUUGGCCUGGCGACGGGUGCGGACGACCUCGGUGUGAACGCGCCGGCCCCUGAAAAGAAGCCGUACCCGGAGCACUCCAGCGCGGAGGACGCGGAGGCGGCGGUGCAGGACGCGCUUGGGGACGAGCUCGUGCAGAGCCACUACAGCGAGGAGGACAACGGUGACGACGAGGCGGAGGUGUACUACGGUGAGCCGCCCGUUCCCUGCCUGUUCGGCGUCUUCGAGAUGAACAAGGAGGUGAUCUCGGACAACUGGCGCAUCUUUGCCUACUCGAUCGUCAUCACGUGUGCGGUGGUGGCCAUGCUGUGCGGCAACAUCCUGGCCGACACCCUCGGCCUGCUCAUCAUCUGCGUCGUCGUGUCGACCAUCUGCUGCUCCCUCUCCUUCUGGGCCCUGCCGUCCAUCAUCGCCCGCACAAAUGUUUUUGCCUACCUCAACACGGUGGUGUACAUCCACGCUGUGAGUCCGUUGCAGACCUUUUACAUGAACUCCAACAAAUGCAAAGGCGACUUUCCGAACUUCACCUUCACCUUCUAUAGCACGAUUGCAGGCGUCAUCGGCAACAUCGCUGGCCUGGUUGGUGUGGCCGCCUUCAAGUACCUCUUCUCCAAGCAGAACUACCAGGUGACGUACGUUGUGACGACGGUGUUGCAGGUGCUCGGUGCCAUCUUCGAUAUCAUCAUGGUGAAGCGGUGGAACGAGUACAUCGGCGUUCCGGACCACGCCAUGUACAUCUGGGGUGAUGCCGUUGUGCAGCAGAUCGUGUACAUGCUCGGCUUCAUGCCGCUUGUGGUCUUGAUGUCGCGCCUGUGCCCCCGCGGGUCGGAGAGCGUGGUGUACGCGCUGAUGGCCGGCUUCUCCAACCUCGGCCAGACCACGGCGUCGUCCAUUGCGGCCAUCAUCAUGGAGUACGGCUGGCCCGUCUUAUCCUGUUGUCGCGCCUGGUGCCGCGCGGGUCGGAGAGCGUGGUGUACGCGCUGA